AGAACUUCUCCCCAGUCCUGCUGCUCUCCAGAGGCCACAUCACCUCAGCACCCCACGGUCUGCUCUGCACGCCCACCACCCCACAAACAGGCACAAAUCCCUUUGGCUUUGCUUCAAAACCUCAGCCACAGCCAGAAUGUUUAAAAAAGUCACCAAAUUCAUUGUAAAUCAAAUGGAUCCGUGCAAAGAAUUGGAUCCUGUUGAAAGCAUCGUACACAAUGAGCACUUCAGGCCUCUCUGCCUACUGAUUAAAAAAAAAAAAUCAAACCGCAUAUUCCACCGAGCUCCCUACUACCAGAGAACAGGCUUCACACUGGAUGAUGUGCUGCUGCCUGGAGAAGAUGGUACAAGCACAGAGUCCCUCCAUCAAGAAUCCAGCCAAUUCACUCUCACAAAAGUCAGUGCUGACCAAGUUGAUGGAGGUCUCAGCAUUGCAUUUGACCCUGCAAGUGUAGAGCUGAAAGGAGGUGCCUCCUUGUCCAAAGGGUUUUCUGUCAAGCCACAGAAGAAGAGCAUAUCACAGCAAUACCUGGAGGCACUGAAAAGAGAAAGGAAAAUCAACAUGGAUCACUCCUUCAUCCGACAGCUCCAGAGAACUGGCAUCAGGCUGUACGUGGUCACUGAAACCCUCGAGGCCUCAGAGGAGGCCGUGUACGAGGAAUCCACCAAGGCAGACGGGGGCUUCAUGGCCAAAUUUUAUGCCACACUUUCUGCAAAGGGCACCAGAGAGAGCAACCAAGGUAUAGUGAUACCCAAGGGCUGCACGCUGGCCUUCAGGACCAUCCCACUGCACAUUAGAGAUGGAGCAUGGGAUCUGGGUUAUAUCUCCAUAGAAGACUAUGGACUACCAGUUUCACAAGGUGGCUCAGUGGGAAAAUUAGGAGUAAUGGGGGGAGAAGUUGAAAUCCGCUGUCACAUCUUCUCCGAGUUGUCUCCUGACCUGCUGCUCAUCAUCUUAAACACCAUCAAAGCUGUGAUGAGAGAUGAGAACCUCCUUCAAGAGCUCAGCCAGAAAGUAAGUGAAGCUUUUCUCACUGACACAAUUUAUAAAUACAGAUACAUCCACACCACUCCUCCUCAGCAGCCUCUGCCCUCUAAUCCUGACAUUUUAUUUCCUUGUUCCCCACAGAUGGAAGAAGUUCUUGAGGAAAAUUAUGGUUAUGAGCUGAAAACUGAGAGCCCAGACUUAAAAGAACUCUUCAGCACCUUACAGCAAUCCCCAAGACAUCGUCUCCUUCAGCUGGCAGAAGGAAUCACCUACGUCCUUGAUGCUUUGCAGGAGUUAACAGAGGAUCAGCUGCUGCUGCUGCUGGAAUCCUUGGAAAGGAAGAUUGUGUCCCAACAGCUGAACCUGGUUGUACACCUACUGAAACCCAACCUGCUGUCUGAGAAUCUUUGGCCUUACUUUGUGGAUCCUGGACUGCUGUCCUUCCCACGCAAGGAGGACCAGAUGUUAACCAUUGCCCUGGUGGAACUGAGUGGAGUGCAGCUCCAGGAAAAUGGAUCAGCUAUCCCUAGGAAUAAACCCUUCGAGGCUGUGGCAGCCCUGUUAGUGGCCCUGUACACCCUCCACCUCCUGAGCAGUUCCAAGUAGGAGGUGCUGGCCCUACCCAGGGAGCCCCUCCACAAGAUGUUGGGAAAUCACUGCUGACAAGAAAAUUUUCUCUCCCAAUAUCACCCUAGUUAAUGCUCAAGGUUGCUUUGGCUGGCAAAAGCAAAUUUAAGGCAAGAAAACUCAAUAUGGAUGCUAAAGGCUGGAUAUCAAAGUGGAUUUGUCUGUCUGUCUCCCCAAGAAUACUUAGGGAAAACAGGAAAAUCCACAAGCCCAAAGAAUCACAGGCCUGGCACCAGUGCUUCAUGUAAUCCUGCUUCCCUCAGAAUGCUGCUGCUGCUGCUUCUGCAAUCUGCAAAUGGGAAAGGGAAGGGCAAAGGGAAUGGAAAGGAAAAGGGAGGAAAUGAAAAGGAAACAAAAGCCAAAAGAAACAUCAGCAGUGGUUCACUUCCUCUGGUCCCUCUGUGUUUCAGCAUGGGAUCCAUGAACUGUUGGUGUCAGGAAGAUGGGGAAAUCCCAGAGGUUUCACUGACACCUCCCUGGUUCCAUCUCCCUGAGAUGCUUGAGGGACACAGGCAGCACUUCAGAGCAAUACUACAAUACUCCCAUUAUCACUUUAUCAAUAAAGAGCAGCUUCUUGCUAAGCAA